AUGAUUGUCUGGGUUCAAUUACCUGCUCUAAAAGUGCACUUCUACCAUCGAGAGGUUCUCAUGACUCUAGGUAAUCUUAUCGGUCGAACAAUCAAGCUCGACUAUCAUACACUCAAUCGACAGCGGAGGAAGUUUGCCCAUCUGGCGGUCGAGAUCGAUAUGUCCAAACCUUUGGUUCCCCGGAUUUUCUUAGACGAUUAUUGGCAGAAAGUGGAGUACGAGAACCUACCGGUCGUCUACUUCGAAUGCGGCAAAAUUGGACACAAUACAGAUGCUUGCCCUCUCCUCCGUCCGGCGGCGAACCUGCUUCAGGUGACCGUUGCCUGUGACGGUACUCCGGCAGAGCCGGCGAGGUCUGUGGAGGAGUCAAAUCUGGGUUUUGGGCCUUGGAUGUUGGUUUCCAAAAAAAGCCGACGCAAUUCUAGGGAUUCCUCGAAAAAUGGUAAGGCAGAGGCUGAUAUGGGAAGUGGAGGACAAGGAAAGGCAACUGGGUAUGGGAAAGGAGGGAUAAGAAUCAAGGAAAUGGAGGAAUCAACAUCCACAUCCAAGGCGCCGAAGGCGGCGGAUCUCCAACGGACACAGAACCAGGAAAGGAAAGGGAUUCAGACUCUGAAGGAAGGAAGCAGCUCGGGUUCGAUGGGGAAAAACAACAAAGGAAAAGAGGUUCUCCAAGAUAGUAAAGGGCAGGGAAAAGGGCUUUUAGGGCCAGGCCCAAAGCAGGGCAACAGUGGGAUGAGUGGACCUAGGCCCACAUCGGGGCCAAACCAAGCCUCUACUUCGGCCUCUAAACAGGUUCAGCCAAGCCCGCAGAGCACACCGACCGGCCCACCUUUUCCUCAAACAGGAGCUGCCUUACAGACGAGCAGGCCCACAGAGACCACAACUCUGCCUGAAGUCCAAACGGUGGUGGGAGAGAAUGGCACCUCUAUGCGAAUCUUCUCAGUGGUUUCAUCCCCAAAAAAGCACCGGCAAACAGAGACGAAGUCGCCUUCGGCGGGAGAACGUUUCAAGCAAAAAAAGGCCCCAAAAAAGCAGUCAAAGAAAGGAACCCCUGUCAAACUCAGUCCUUUGAAAGCUCUUCAAGUGUGGUCUCCUGUGAAAGAUAGGAAGGCUAAAUCGAGGGCUCGGAUGGCGACUUUGACGCUCCAGGAGAUCAAUGCUUGGACCGAGGCGGCCGGGAAAGUUGGGGGAAUUUCUGAACGAGAGGAAGCAAAGGCUGGGAACACAGAUCUGCCGGAAGUCACGCCGGGGAUGGAUUCAGCUUCCCCCGUCCCCCAGUAG